AUUUGCAAUUGUAAUUUUACGAUUAUUGCAGUCCUGUUUCAGGAUUAAAGGCACCGCAGCAGUUGAAAUUGCAUGUGGCCUCCACUGGUAUUUGAAGUACUGGUGCAGUGGUCAUGUUUCCUUCAAGGGUACAGAUUCAACGACCAGUCCUGCGGAACUAUUAUCAAAAUGUUGUUACAUCCAGCUAUUCAUUUGUGGUGGGAUUGGGAGAGAUGGCAGAAAGAAAUAGAUUGGAUGGUUCUUCAGGGGACUAACCUGCCUUUAGCAUUCACAGGGCAAGAAUCAAUUUGGAAGAAACUUUUCAUGGUGACCCUCGAAUUUUCUGAGCAAAUAUAAUUUGGAUUGAUCCAGAUUCAACAACUUGGAUUAGAAGCCCAAAUAAAUCUCAAAAGGGUGAAUGGGCCUUGGAUGUUGUUCUGGAGAAAUCUGUUGUCAAGCAAAGCGGUGGUGCGUGGAGAAUUUUCUCGAUUCUUGCCUCCCUGUGCCUCACCUAAUUGAUGCCAGGCGUUCCUUCAGGUAAAUAAGAGGUUCACAAUUUUCCUUCAUUCUAGUGCGAAUCGUGGACUUGACCCUGUAUCGAAGCCAUGCUAGCUUUUGUGGUUAAUUGUUUAUAUUAUGGG